AUGUCUUCCAAUAAAAGUGAACUGAAAAAGCUGUCCGAGGAGUCAUUGCUACAACCACCGGAAAAAGUUUUCGAUAUUAUAUGUAAAUUGGGCGAAGGCAGUUAUGGCUCCGUCUACAAGGCCCUGCAUAAAGAGAGCAGCAGCAUUGUGGCCAUCAAAUUGGUGCCCGUCGAAUCGGAUCUGCACGAUAUAAUCAAAGAGAUUUCGAUCAUGCAACAAUGUGAUUCUCCCUAUGUGGUGCGUUAUUAUGGUUCAUAUUUCAAACAAUACGAUUUGUGGAUUUGUAUGGAAUAUUGUGGUGCUGGAAGUGUUUCCGAUAUAAUGAGGCUACGUAAGAAAACGUUGACGGAAGAUGAGAUCUCGACUAUUUUGUCGGAUACCUUGAAGGGUUUGGUGUAUUUGCAUUUGCGACGAAAGAUACAUCGUGACAUUAAAGCCGGAAAUAUUCUAUUGAAUACGGAGGGUUAUGCAAAAUUGGCUGAUUUCGGUGUGGCCGGCCAGUUGACAGAUACCAUGGCCAAACGUAAUACCGUUAUUGGCACUCCCUUCUGGAUGGCUCCCGAGGUAAUUGAAGAAAUUGGCUAUGAUUGUGUGGCCGAUAUUUGGUCGCUGGGUAUUACGGCCUUGGAAAUGGCCGAGGGCAAACCACCAUAUGGUGAUAUCCAUCCAAUGCGUGCCAUAUUUAUGAUACCACAAAAACCCCCACCAUCCUUCCGUGAACCCGAUCGUUGGAGUACCGAAUUUAUUGACUUUGUCAGUCUUUGUCUGGUGAAAAAUCCCGAAGAACGUGCCACAGCCUCCGAUUUGUUGGAGCAUGAAUUUAUACGCAAUGCCAAACAUCGCAGCAUUCUCAAGCCAAUGAUCGAGGAGACAUGUGCCAUAAGGGAACAACAACGGAAUUCGAAGGCUUCGGGUGGUUCGGUGCAGGGUAUGAGCCAGGCGAAAAGUUUGGCCACCCAACAGGAUGAUAUACUGGCCGAGGCCGAGGAGCAGCAGCAUGGUGAUUUCCCCGUGGAAACGGUUAAAACAUUUAUCGAUGAUCCCGGUACCUUGGUGCCGGAGAAAUUUGGUGAAUAUCAACAGACAUCAAAUGCAUCGGAUGCCACAAUGAUUGCGCACACGGAAGAUAUGGGGACAUUGUGUCCGGGCAAGGGAGGCAUGGCGGCGAAUAAAUCGCAAGAUACCGGAGAUAUGAUGACGGCUGUGGAUAGUGGUACUAUGGUGGAAUUGGAAUCGAAUUUAGGUACCAUGGUAAUAAACUCCGAUUCAGAUGAUUCUUCAACAGCCAAGCGCAAUGAUUGCAAUAAGCCACGUUAUCGCCCACAGUUCCUUGAUCAUUUCGAACGCAAAAAUCCCGAAAUUCAGCAGCGUUCAACGACCGAGGAUAAAUCCUCGGAAUAUUCACCGGCUGCUGCAGCAGCCUUGGCUGCAGUGGCCUCACAUCAACUCAAUUCAAAUAACCACAAUCAACCUCAGUCCCAUCAGCAGCAACAUACACCGCUAUCGAAUGCCAAUUCCAAUGAUACCAAUUGGGAAAAUAACAUGGAGAAACAGUUUCAACAAAUCUCGGCCAUCAAUCAAUAUGGAUUGCAACAACAUCAGCAACAUUUACAACAAAUGCAACAGCAACAACAACAGGCAGCAGCUGCUGCUGCCUAUUAUGGUUGUAAUCCAUUGUUAGGCGAACAGCAGCAGCAACAUUUAUUAGCUUUAAAUCAGCAGCAACAGUAUGUGCAAGCACCACCACCUGCCUAUUCCCAACAACAGCAACAACAACCCCAACCCAGCCAACAUCACCAUCAUCUGCACAGUUCAUCUCACUCCUAUGUGGAUGGAGAAUUUGAAUUUUUGAAAUUCCUAACAUUUGACGAUUUAAAUCAACGUCUCAAUAAUAUCGAUUCGGAAAUGGAAAAAGAAAUUGAAGAACUCAACAAGAAAUAUAAUGCCAAGCGCCAACCCAUUGUCGAUGCAAUGAAUGCCAAACGUAAACGUCAACAGAAUAUUAAUAAUAAUUUAAUUAAAAUUUAAUGUUAAAAAAAAAACAACAAAACAAAA